UGUUAUUCCCCAGCAUGGAGAGAUGUGGCUGCAGAGUGAGUGCCAGCAGUGUGUGUGUGACCAGGGACAGGUGGACUGUAACAAGGCCUGUGAUCUCAGCUACGACAACUGUGCAGAGGGUUAUAUGAUUCAGAUGUACCCAGAUGACAGAUGCUGUGAGUGUGUGCCAACUCCAGCUACAACAGCCAAGCCUUCAGCUGCACCUACAACAGCUGCACCUGGCACAACAGCUGCACCUGGCACUACAGCUGCACCUGGCACUACAGCACCUGUUACAGCUGCACCUGUGUUUAGCACGGCAUUCACCAGCCCAGCUGGCACCACUGUGCUGCCGGAGUCUACAACACCGAAAGUGUGCUCCCCCGAGUGUUACUGCCAGGAGCGGUGUGACGGCUCCAUGACCUGUGACCCCAGCGCCGCCUGCGGGGACGAGUGUCAGCCCUGUCCUAGCGGAUACGUGUGGAAGGGAACACACUGUGUGGCCGAACCCAACAACUGUGCCUGCUACUACGACGGGGUUAGAUAUGAGCCUGGUGAGUCGUGGGAGGCUGGAGCCUGCAGGUUCUGUAAAUGUGAGGACUACCAGGCUGUGUGUGAACACCGCUGUAACAUACAGUGUGAUCAGGUAAGUGUGAGAACUACCAGGCUGUGUGUGAACACCGCUGUAACAUACAGUGUGAUCAGGUAA